AACUUGCAUUUGUUUAUAAGGAAAUCAAGGAGGUUACUGAUUAUUGUGUCCAGACAUGUCAACGGAUCCGGAGUAAAACCACAUCUGGAAACGCUUGUAGUACAACCUAAAGGAUGAUAAAUGUCCUGAGCAGCCCUCGUUUUUCACGUUGCCCAAUAAUCAGCACCAAUGGAAACGCACUCGGCCCGCCCCUGCCGGUCUAUUGUGAAUCUGCGUUCAACUGGAAACCACUCUUCCAGCCUUGGCACCAAAGUGGCGCACCACGACAUGCACAGCUAAGCGAGGAGUGCGCCUUUGAAGAUGCUUGAUUGUCAAGCAACAAUUUCUGAUUGAGUGACAAGCCUGCCGUCCAAUCGCCACCAUGAUAGCCACAGGCGGUCUGCUGCGCAUGAACAGGCGCCAGGACUCGCUCCGCUCAAAGAACCGGGCGGAAAACAAAAGGAAGCGGAAAUCCAAGAAAAAGAAGAAGAACGAUGUGGUGGUGGUGAAGGGAAAACUGAAUCUGUGCUCUCCAGCUGGUGUGGUAGCAGGUAUUGGAGUUGUAGUUCUCAUGGUGGGGAUUUCCAUGGCUGUACUGGGCUACUGGCCCAGCCAGAGCCAGCAGCAGUACCAGGAGCGUCGCAGAACUGGAGCGUACCACAACAGGAUGAGCUUCUCCAAAAGUCAACCAGUUUCCUCUAACUCGACGGGCGGUAAGCCUCCUCCUCUCAGUCAGGCAGAGGGAGUCAACCAGAGCCGUUCCAACAGCAGCACCCCCUCCCGCAACUGUGGCUUCCUGUGUGAUUUCCUGGAUAACUACCUAUACUCGGACAAUCUUAAAGUCUUCGGACCGCUCGUGAUGGGAAUCGGAAUCUUUCUUUUUAUCUGUGCCAAUGCAGUCCUCCAUGAGAACCGAGACAAGAAAACCAAAAUCAUAAACCUGAGGGAUAUCUACUCCACAGUCAUAGACCUGCACAACAUAAGGUCCAAAGAGUACUCGCCUCUGAAUGGUCUGGUGAACUACACCCAAGCCAGGAAUGCUGAAGGCCCAUCUGGAGCUUUCCCUGCAAGUGGGAUGCUUACUCGUAGUUCUUGGCCCUCUACUGGACUCGGUUUCCAUGGUGAGUCAGGGGGCGAUGAAGUAUUCAGACGUCCUUCGUUGGCUAGCAGGCCUCUUAGCUGGUCUAGAGAUGUCCAGACCUUCACUGAUACUGUCUACAGCAUCUACAAAGACUACAGCAAUAGCAGCGAGCAGGCCCCUCAGCCCCGACAGUGGGAUACCACCUCCAUUGUCACCUCUUCUGUGAAUGCUUUCACCCUCCCUGUGAUCAAACUGAAUAACUGUGAGGUGGGGGAGUCUGAGAGGGCCGAGGCAGAGGAUCACUCAGAGGAAGAGGUCAUCAUCGAGGCGGCUGCUUCUGUUACUGAAACUAUCAGCGAGGAAGGACAAGCCAGCAGCAGCAGCCAGAAAGACGAGACGGAUGCAAAGGAGAAGGACGCCUCGAUGGCUGAUUCCCCCCCGCCUCAUCAGAGCCAUGAGGACAUAACCACAGCUGACCAGCAGGGGGAGCCGCUGGCUCAGCCUCAACUACAGUGGACCCAGCUGUUUCCUCCAUCACCUGUUGCCAGGGCGAUGGGGUCACGGCUGUCGCUCAACUCCCUCACGGAUCAGCCCCGGUCUGCACGCCGCUGCAGCCUGUCUGUGACUGUAUGUCGUCAAGGCGACAAAGGCAGGCGCUUCAGCUGCCCUCGUCUGGAGCGCUCCAACAGUAAGGGCUACAUCAAACUGACUGACCUGGGGGGAGACUCCUUCGAAGCCCCAGACACAGACACUUCUUUAGUGGCUGCAGAGCAGGAAGUAGCAGCAGAUGCAGCAGCAGAGGCAGCGGAGGAAGGAGCUCAGGGAGGGGACGAUAUGGUGACACCGAGCACCUCUGCAGAAUCCUAGACUCAUAUCUGAGCCUCUGAAAACUCUUUGAUGUCUUAUUCUUCUGUUCCUACCUUCCUCUCUGACUGCUGAUGGGAAGCUGGCCAUUACAGGGACAUGGACCAUGGAGAGAAAGCAGCUAAGGACUAUUGAAACAUAGCCAUGAACACUCAAGAGCCAAGCUCUUUAUAAAUACCACAACCACAGCUCAAUCUUCAGAUGUAAUUUUUCUAUUUUUUCAAUGUAGCAAGAGCAAUACUAAAGACUUGUCAGAAGAUUAGAAGAGAUUUGUAUAAAAAGAAGAUCAGAUGAGAUUUUACUUUUCUUUUGUAUAAGAGUAAGGCAAACAUUGUAGCUUGUAGAAUUGCCAAAUCUGUCACAGACCUGCUGUCUGACAUGUUGUACUGUAGCAUCCACACAUGCCACAGAACAUUACAUAGUCUAGUUUUGUUUCUCUACAUUGUUGUGUGAUACCACGUGAAAAAGGUGAACUGAAUUGAAUCUCAGGUAGACGUUUGGUUUAGGAAUGGGACCUUGAAGACAAGGUCUUCCCUCUGUGCACACUUGUUUAUAUGAAGCAUUUAUGGUUGAAUAAACUUGCCUGUAACACCUUC